AUGGCCGCCUCUUCCGCGGCUCUCCUUCUCCUCCCCCUUCCUCCCACUGGCUGCUCCGCCGUCCGACGCGCUUCCGUACGCUGCGGCGUCGGCCCCACCUCGUCUCCGGCGCCCCGGCAAGGUCUGGGAAGCAGAAGGCAGUGCCUCCUCUUCCUCGCCCUCUCCUCUGCCGCUCUCCCUUUCCCGGCUAGGUCAGCGGACAUACCACUCUUCGGGAUCAGGAACAGGAUAAAGAAGAUCGAGGAGGAGGCAGAGCAGAUCGUGGAGAAAGGGGAGAAGGCCCUGCAGAAGGGCAUCGAGUCGGCGGAAAAGGGCAUCGUGGCGGCUGAGAAGGAGAUCCAAGCGGCGGAGGAGGGGAUAGUGGCGUCUUCCAGCCUCGGCGUCGCAGACAAUCUUCUCCAGGCCGGCGCGGUCGCCGGAGCCGAGGCACUCGGGGUGCUCGUCGCGGUCUCCGUUGUCAACGGCAUUCUCGCGGCGGAGAGCUGA